AUGUCGAAAUAUCGACCACCACGUUUUACAUGCUGGCAUCCAUUAUUACCAGCAUUUUCAGCUCGAUUAAUAAUUGCAUUUCGAACGUUGUUAGGAAUAUCGUGCGUGGCCGCGUUUACUCUUUUUCCUCAAACUUCGUUUUCAAUCAAAGGUCAACUUUUACUCGGUGUUAGCUUUAUCGUUGCAAUUAAAAGUACACUCGGAGCGACAAUUCAAUCAGCUACUCGCUUAUAUCUUGGUGGUGCUAUCGCAACUGUUUAUUGUCUAUUAGUAAUCAAUUUUUUACCAAAUAAUGUUUAUUAUUCGGUGGGUGCGACGAAUGUUCUCGUUCUUCUCAUUGUCUAUACCGAUUUACCUGUUACUGUUCGGCGAUUUUCCAUUGUACCGACGUGUAUCAUAUUAAUACAAUGGUGGUCGAAACCGAACAUCGAUACGAGUUUUGCGCUGCAAAUCUGGGCCUCGUUAUCCAUUGGUUCAACCUUAGCUGUGCUUGUCACGUGUAUUCCACUUCUAGUUGUUCCAACAGCUUAUCGUGAAUUAACGAUGCGUAUGAGGUUUAUCGCUCGACAGACAAGACGCGAAAUAACAGCGAUUGUUUUGCUUAUAUCUGAGUUUCAUAACACACAUUUAAUGGAAGGUUAUGGGCAUGAACUACGUGCAAAAAGUAAAAAAAUGAGUAUAACAGAGGAGCAUGAUAAUGGUAUUGAGAUUUUGAACAAUUCUUUUCGUGAUGAAGAAAUUCGAAGUCAUUCCGCAUCAUUCGAAGAUCUUCGAGAUGAUCAUCUACUCAAAAGUGAUAUCCAGGAUUUACAUUCAUUAGUCAACGAUGAAUUAAAACAAAUGCAACGUGCCUUAACAGAAAUCUCGCACGAACCUUAUUUUAUUUUGCUAAAAUUGCUCAAUUUAAUUCGACGCAUAGGUCGACAUAUACCGUUUAUCAAACGAUUUGUUAAACCAGCGUCAACGCUUCAAGCAAGGUUAGCUAUAUGGACAACCGGUCUAGCUUCAAUACAACGAGCAAUUACUGCGAUGUUAGUAUUAGAUCAUCAUCACCACGCGUUUGUUGGUCAACGUCAACUGAUUAAUGCUAUUUGUCAUCUUCUCGACUCGACAUUUGAUUUUUUGGACUCAGCACUUCCUUAUACAACAGCAUCGACGAGUUAUUUCGAUAAGGCACAUGUAAUAGCUUGUCGAACAAGAGUUGAAGAAGCUUUAGAGGUGUUUUUCGAAACCUAUACGCAAGUACGAGAAAGUCCACGUCAUUCAGAAAUAUCAAAUACGGAUGCAAUUCGUUUAAACACAUUUCUUCUACUUACAUUACGUCUUGUCCAUUCGACUAUAACCGCUGCUGAAACAAGUAAAACUCCCGGUGCUCAUUUUGACAAUCCGUCAGAACCAACGCCAACCGCACCGCAACCUAAAGCAAAAUUUAGCUGGAGAAAACCGUGCGAUGCUCUUGCAGCCUAUAUCGGCAUUCGUCCAACAACUGAGAAGUUCGUUCGCUCAAUAAAAACAUGCCUCAGUGUACUUAUAUCUGCUGUCACUGUUAUUUAUUUUCGUGAUCGUUUACAAGCAAAGGGUUGGUUCUAUUGGGCACCGAUGACAACAGCACUUGUUUCUGAUUCUUCUGAAGGCAGCACACUUCGUCUUUCACUUCAUCGUUUAAUGGCUGUUUUGCUCGGUUCAACCUAUGCGUAUGUUGUUGUACGUGUGUUAGAAAAUAACAUUGCCGUUGGUAUAUGUAUUUGUUUAUUUGUUGGAUUAAUGGGCUAUUUAAAAACUGAUCCGAGAAAAGAAUAUUUUGCAAGUGUUUGUGGCCAAUCAGCAUCGAUUAUAACGUUCCUUUCUGGAAAUAAUCAAGGACAAAUGAGUGCAUCGAAUUCGGCUGUUUUAGCUCGUACAAGUUUAACAUUUCUGGGUAUAUUUAUUCAUGUUUUGAUUUCGAAUAUAUUUCUACCUAUUACUGCUCGAGCAAUCAUUAAGAAAAAGGUAUCUUUAAUGAUUGGCAAUGUUUCUGAAUCUUUGAAAUCGUCGACUGAAGACUUCUGUUCAUUUAUUCGUCCGAUUAUCGGUGAUUCUAAGGGUGCAUCAGGAAAUAAACCAUCGUUUAAUCUAAACAAAACUCUUGGAGAAACUGAACGUAUCGCCGAUAGCUUUCCUGUUUUGCUUGAAGAAGCUCUGAAUGAACCGAAUUUCUGGAAACGACCAUUCGUACAAAUCAAAGAUCGAUACGGCGAAGUAGCCAAAUCUCUCCGUCGAAUCAGUGUUGACAUUCGAUUCGUUCAUCGGUGUACCACAAUUCUCAAAGCUGAAUCCAAACUACAUUUUGCUCAGGAAGCCAAAUGGCAAGUUCGACGAGCAAGUGUUGCUGCAAGUAAUGCUACCGAGCCGAGAACACGUGCUUGGACAAUGAAAGAAUUACGUACGGAUCAUAAAUUACAGACUGACUUAGAUAUUCCAUUAACAAUCUUUAUGAGUUACUCACCCAAUUGCAAACCAAAAUUCGAACACAAGGCUCUCAUCUCAAAUAAUUCAUCUGCGUCCCUUCGUCUGGCUCAUACAGUCUUAUAUCAACCUGUUCUUGAACAUAUUUGCACACUUGAGGAACGUAUCCAGCACGUUCUCAAAUUAGCUGGGCAGUUGAUUGAGAAACAAGCAGCUGUUGAUGUCGGAUCUUAUGAAUUAGAACAAAUUGCUUCUGAAGACUCUCACGAUGAACAAGACAUAACACUUUUAAAAACGCAGCGAACAUUGAAUCGUGGUCCAUCUUUUUACGCUGUUCCACAGUUCGAAGCUCUUCCUGUUAUUUCCAAUCAUUAUCGAUUCUUUUCUUGUUGUAAAGGUAAAAAAGUCGAACACGAACCGUUACCAUCCUUGCGAAAUGCUGUCGAUGCCAUGUUAGUCGCAUUAGUGGAUUUUCUCUAUGCCAGCGAUCGAUUUCUCCGUGCAGAAUUCGUCGCCAAUCAAUCAAUUGGUGAUGUUUUAGCUUUUCAUACAUUAUCCUACGCAAUCAAAGAUAUGGUUGAAGCAACAACGAACCUUGCGAAGAAUAUUCGACGCAUCAAACAUAUCGAUACACGAACAUUGAUUCGUGCUGAACGAGAAGAACGAAUUCUGGCACAUGAAGUAGUUUAG